AUGUCUUCCCAAACCGAGAUCAAGACUAAAGCUACGAUUUUCUCCCCCCGGAUGUCUAGAAAACCUCCCUUCACAGCAGAAGUACAAGGGAUUCCACAAGUUUCGGGUGAAACUAUCCCUCGUCGUAACGUCCAAUACCCAGACCUUCUUUCCCAUCCAGAAUUGGGUAUCGAGACUGUGUUCGAUGUCAUACAACGGAGCUCUCGUCGUUUUGGCAAUGCACGAGCGCUGGGGUCUAGAAAACUUAUUAAGAAACAUGAGGAGACGAAAAAGAUAAAGAAGAUCAUCAAUGGACAAACACAGGAGUUAGAUAAAGUAUGGACUUAUUUUGAGAUGAGUGGAUAUGAAUAUCUAAGUUUCAAGGAGUAUGAAGCUACGGUACUGAGUGUGGGAGCGGGUUUGAGGAAACUUGGACUGAUUAAGGAUGAUCGAGUUCAUCUCUUUGCAACAACGAGUGCCCAUUGGCUGUCAAUCGCUCAUGGUUCCAUGUCCCAAUCCAUGCCUAUCGUCACUGCAUACGAUACUCUUGGUGUCGAAGGACUCCGUCAUUCUCUCAUACAAACGAAAGCCAAGGCUAUAUUCUUAGAACCACAACUUUUGAAAACUCUACUUGAGUCCCUUGAAGACUUGAAGCAUAUCAAAUACGUGAUCUAUAACACAGACGGUGAUACAGAACUCUCAUUGUCAAGUAUCAAAGAAUUGAAAAAAGCCACAGUCACCUGA